AUGUUUUCUCUUCUAGUUAAUAUUCCUGUCAAUGCCACGUGGGCACAGAAAGGAAUGACUAUUGCUGGAGGUAACGGGGAUGGGGAUGCCACUAAUCAACUCACCCGCCCUUUUGGUCUCUUCGUUGAUGAUGAUCAAACAGUGGUUAUUGCUGACUACAGGAAUCAUCGUAUCACCCAAUGGAAGAACGGUAAUACAACGAAUGGACAAGUUGUUGCUGGUGGUAAAGGCGCAGGAGAUGGAUUACAUCAAUUGGAUCGUCCAACUGAUGUAUUAAUUGACAAAGAGACGGAUAGUCUCAUUAUUUGUGAUUAUGGGAAUCGACGAGUUGUACGAUGGUCUCGUCGUAGUGGUACAACACAAGGUGAAAUACUCAUCGACAACAUCACUUGUCAUGCAGUAGCAUUGGAUGAUCAGAGAUAUCUCUACGUCUCUGACAUCGGAAAACAUGAAGUAAGACGAUAUCAAUUGGGUGAUAAGAAUGACACUCUCUUAGCUGGUGGUAAUGGACAAGGGGACGGUCUCAAUCAACUCAAUCGACCGACUUAUCUCUUUGUCGAUAGAGAUCACUCAGUGUACAUAUCAGACAACAGGAAUCAUCGUGUAAUGAAAUGGGUGGAAGGUGCAAAAGAAGGUAUUGUGGUCGCUGGAGGACAAGGCAAAGAGAAUGCUCUGACACAAUUGUCUUAUCCUAAUGGACUCUUCGUCGAUACGUUGGGUACACUCUAUGUAGCAGACUCGUAUAAUGAUCGUGUAAUGCGUUGGACUCAAGGAGACAAGAAACAAGGCACUGUAAUUGUGGGUGGAAAUUCCGAAGGAGAAGGAGCAAAUCAAUUCAGCGGCCCCGUUGGUUUGUCUUUCGAUCGACAUGGUAAUCUCUAUGUCGUCGAUUAUAAUAAUCAUCGUGUUCAACGAUUUUCUAUUGAAUAA